AUGGAUCAGCUGAACUCAUCAGUGCAGAAUGCCGUGACCUUUGAGGAUGUGGCUGUGUAUUUCUCACGGGAUGAGUGGAAGCUUCUCAGUGUGACCCAGAGGCACUUGUACUGUGAUGUGACGCUGCAGACCUUGGCACUCAUUGGUUCACUGGGGCUUGCACCUUCAAGAUCCCAUAUGGUUGCCCAGUUGGAAAGUGAAGAACCCUAUGUGCCCAACAUGUUAGAUGUGACUCCGGUCAGCAGAGCAAAGGCCAGGAAGGGUCCUUGUCUUGGUUGUCUUUGUGAAUUGGAGGACAAGGGAGCCUCCCCUGAGCAUGUGAAGAGCUUCAGAGUCUACCCAUUAAAGAAGCCCUUUAUGCUUGGGGCAUCUAGGAAGGAUGAUCCAGCCAGGUUGGGCUUUCUCCAUCUUCAGGCUUCUCACACCGGGGAGGAUCACACAUGCAGGAGUACCAAGUGUGGGGAUACUUCCCCACAUAGCUCCAAUCUCAGGCUGCAACAGGGAGUCCUCGCAAGACAGAAUCCCUUCAGGUGCAGCAACUGUGGAAAAGCCUUCCUGAAGGCCUUUGCUCUUCUUGAUCACCUGAUAACACACUCUGAAGAGAGAUCAGACAGGUGCCCAACAGGCAGAAAUGCUUCCAAGGAUAAAGCAAUGCUCGUCAACCACCAAAAAAUUCACAGUGGAGAGACAUCCCAUGUGUGUAGUGAGUGUGGGAGGACCUUCAGCUAUCCAUCUAAGCUGAGGAAACACCAGAAAGUUCACACUGGAAUAAAACCUUUCAAGUGUAGUGAAUGUGGGAAAACUUUUAACCGUAAAGAUGCACUUGUCCUGCAUGAGAGAAUUCACACAGGAGAAAGGCCUUAUGAGUGCAGUGAAUGUGGGAAAGCCUUCAGUGUUCUGUCUACCCUCAUUCGGCACCGGAAAGUUCAUAUAGGUGAAAGGCCCUAUGAAUGCAGGGAAUGUGGAAAGUUCUUUAAAUACAAUAGUAGCUUCAUUCUUCACCAGAGGGUUCACACUGGAGAAAAGCCAUUUGAGUGCAACCAAUGUGGGAAGACCUAUGUAACCCGCUCUGGCCUGUAUCAGCACUGGAAAGUUCACACUGGAGAACGGCCUUAUGAAUGCAGUCUAUGUGGGAAAUGCUUCACUACCCGGUCCUACCGCAAUCGGCACCAACAGUUCCACACUGAAGAGAGGUCCUAUAAGUGUACAGAAUGUGGGAAAUCCUUUAAACAUAGUUCUACCCUCCUUCAGCACAAGAAAGUGCACACUGGAGAAGGGCCUUAGGAGGACAGGGCCUAUGGGGAAGUACUAGUUUGUGUGGGGCUCACUUACUCCAUCACUUUUGGCCUAGACGCCAUCUAG